AUGAAAGGACUGACUUGUCGUUUGAGUCUUGUUGUGUUAUGGCUUGCAGCAAAAUGCUGGGGAUAUUUUCCUGUAUGCGAAGAGAGGUUCGUAAGUACCAAUGACUCCUACAAAGUGAGUACUUUUGAAAAGUUGGUUGACACUGCCGAAUCCUCCAACACGCUUGGGAGUGGGAAACAGUCAGUUACCGCAGCUUCUUCUUCGUCUCCUUAUAAUGCUACCAACCAGAAUAAUAAUACUUUGGGAGUGUCUUUGAAGCCAGGGGUGUCGAUGCUUCAAACAGACUCUAGUGGUUUGGCUUAUUUUGUGAAUGUCACUGUGGGCAAUGAUGUCUUUCCCUUACUGAUUGAUACGGGCUCAGCGUAUCUAUGGGUAUAUGGCAGUGAUUGCAACGCAAGUGCAUGCUCCGGCAAAGAACUUUUUUCCACCUCUUUUGUUGAAAAGGAACAAUCCACCUUCGCCCUGCAGUAUUCUUCCGGGGUUGCAUCUGGUGAUGUCUAUGAAGACAGAAUUAUUGUCAAUAAGCUUGCAACAACUGAGAAUUUUACCUUCGGUGUUGCGGAUGAAGUUCCCAGCACUUUUGCGAACUAUCCCAUUAGCGGAGUCUUCGGGCUUCCAUCAAACAAUUCUGAAAAUAUUCAAAGCAUCAUAUCAGCGUUGCGUGAUUCUAACGCAAUUUCCAUCGAAAAGUUUUCCAUUUACUUGGGAAAUUUGAAUACAUCUAAUUUUACUGACUCUUCGUCAACAGAGUAUCAAACGGCAAUGGUAAAUAAGGGAAUAUUUGCCAUUGGUAAUGAAAUAAAUGAGCUCUAUACUGGCGAACUGUACUAUAAUAAGUUACUGUCUAACGAAAACCAUUACUGGUCGUUGGGUAUAAACAACAUUUACAUUGAUUCAUACGCUGUCAACUUUACCAACUAUGAAAAUUAUACUGGAACACAUUCCCACACCAAAAGAUCCAGCAUAGUUGACAGUGGAACAACUUUAUUAAUUUUACCAAAGCAAGAUGCUUUGGAUGUUCAUUCAUUUUUCGAGAGUUCUGUCACUGAUGGGACAAAUUUUGCCAUACUGUGUAAUUCUACACAAAACAUCACUUUUGAUUUUGGUUCCAAGAAUUGGACAUUAUCGCCCUCUUCCUAUCUAGGCUCAGCAUAUCCAGAAAGCUCCACAUAUGAUGGCUAUUGUGUCUCCAAUAUCCAGGGCCUUGAAAUCAAUGAGGCGUGGAUCUUGGGCAACGUUUUUCUAGAGAACGUGUAUUCUGUCUUUGAUGUCGAAAAUCAAAAACUAGGAUUCGCAGAGAAAAAUAGUAAUGCCGUGAUCAUGCCUUAUUCAGAUUCAGCUUCAGUGUCUACAGCUAGUGGUACUCAACCCACUAGUGAGAUUGCGACCACAACUUCCUCUUCAAGAUCCUCAUCCUCUUCAUCUUCUCGCUCUACCUCAUCCGGGCUGGCUGCGGAUUUGAGACCUGGAGGUAUAACUCUCGGCCUCUCCAUGGUUCUGAGCUUCUUCUUAUAA